AGAGACUCGGUUCCUAUGUUCCGUGGGUAUGCGGGAAGGAUCUGCUUAUGGUCCCUUUCUUUCUUUAGGCCUGGAACUUGAAGACGAUACGAACAAGCCACUGCGGUACACGAGCACCAAAAAUAAACCGUGAAGGUAACACGCGAUGAAAGGAUAAAAAUAUCUCAACAGCUUCAACGUAACACGACCAUCUCGCGGACAAUGCAGCAAUGCAUCGAGAAUAUAUGCUAUUCACAUGAGCUCAGCCAUGCUUUUGCCUCGCUGACUGGACCCGAUGCAGCUCAGAUGCUCGACUUAUUCUUUCAUCUCAUCAAUGACCGAGUGCUCAUUGUCAAAUUCUAUAACCUGAAACUUCAUCAGAGAUGCUGCAGGCUCCUGCGAGAGCUUGCCUGUAACAGCAAGCUCUUGCCGCGUAAAUUUUUAAUUGUGCCAGAAGGCCAUGAGAAUCAGGUGUUCAGUGAAGGCGGGAAUGCUAGGAUCUAUCGAGCGCGAUACAAUGGCACCAAUGUUGUUCUCAAGGUUCUGCGAUUCUGGGUGGAUGACUUUCGCGAAAAUCAAAGUCUACUUAGAAAGCGCUUUUGCCAGGAAGCUUUUUUGUGGUACACUACCCGCCACAAGAAUGUUCUUCCUGUUCUUGGCGUAGAUGAAGUAUCUUUCUCGCCACAUCUUAGCAUUGUUUUGCCUUACAGAUCUCAUGGGUCCCUGAUGAAGUUCCGGCAACAAGCGGGCCCUGAAAGACUGGAUUGCGAGCGACUUCUCGCUGAUGUCGCCGAAGGCUUGACAUACCUGCACGAUACUGGUGUUGUCCACGGUGAUCUAUAUGGAUCCAACGUGCUUAUUGAUGACGAGUACCACGCUCAGAUAGCAGACUUUGGCCUCGCCGCUUUGAGUGUCAUUACCAGAUCGGCUCCGAGGUCAGGGAGUGGUAUUCCUGGGCAUAAAGCGCCUGAACUCCUGGCAUGCGGUGAUGUGGACGAUGAGGAUAUGGUCGUCUCGAAAGCCUCGGACGUCUACGCUUUUGCGUGCCUUUGUUACGAGCUCUAUCAAGGUAAAGGCCCUUUCUCGGGCACAGCCUUUGGCGCUCUCCUUAUCCAACUGGAGAAUGGGGUGCGACCUGCUCGACCCAUGCGUGGCACUUCAGACGGUGUAGUCAUCUCGCUGGAUGUGCCGGAUCGAGUGUGGUCUUGGGUUGAGAAGUGCUGGGCACAAGGCAAACAUGACAGACCCACGAUGGCGGCUGUUGCUUCGGGCAUGCGUGAACGGCAUGGUAUUUAAAUUGAACUGUAAGAUAGGCGCUCUUGCUUCCAAUAGAUUCUUCCACGCUGACACAGCUACA